AUCUACUCCAUUUUAAUCCACUAAAAUACCACACACUCGAAAAACCCUUAAUUCAUCCCCGAUGUACAAAACCAAAUUGCAGGAGUUAUGUCAGCGGCGAAGCUGGGACUUGCCGGACUACGCCACCGCCAAAGACGGCCCCGAUCAUAUGCCGCGCUUCACCGCUACCGUUACUGUUCAAGGCCAGCUAUUCCACACGCCGGAUCACUGCAAGUCCUCUAAAGACGCUCAGAACACCGCUGCCCGCGUUGCUUUUGAUCGCCUCACCUCCUCCGAUCCGCUUCCCACCCCUCCCAAUGUACCUCCACAUUCUCAAAUGCAGCCCCUUUCUGUUACUGCAGUUCCUCCUCCCCUGCCUCUAUCGCCGCUCCCCUCCUCCCUUCCAAACCCUACUCCUGGACUUUUGGCAACAAAAUGUUAUGCCAAUACGAAACCUGCAGAGGACUUAUUGCAGGAGAAUUGUGAUAAUACAUCACAAUGUCCCAUGGAUUAUAAGGCCGCGAUGGGUUCCGAAAAUAAAGAUACAUUGCACAUGUACAAGAACCUGUUGCAGCGAUAUGCUCAAAAGGAAUGUAUUGGAUUGCCUGUAUACACUUCUGAAGCUGAAGGACCCCCUCAUGCUCGGCGUUUUAAGUCAAAGGUCUCCAUUAAUGGAAAAUCAUAUGAACCAGCAGAGUUUUUCCCCACAUUAAAGGAAGCUGAACAAACUGCUGCAAAAAUUGCUUGUCUAGCAUUAUCAUUGAAUGUUAUUCAAGAGGAUAAGGGCUCCUACAAAAAUCUUCUACAGGAAUUAGCCCAGAAAAAAGGUCUCAUGUGGCCAUCAUAUGAGACAGUCAGUUCGGGGUCGUCUCCCAAGCAGAUAUUUGUUUCUACUGUGGAGGUAGGAUCUGAGAGUUUUCAAGGGUUGGAGGCUAAAACCAGAAAGCAGGCAGAGAUGAAUGCGGCUGAGGUUGCUUACUCUGCACUUACGAAAGGAAGCCCACCCACGAAUUCAAUAAAGGUAUCUUCUGUGAACAAUUGCCCAUCUGCUGAUAUCUUGAAUAUCCAGCCCACUGCAACAACUGAAAAGCGUCAGAACAUCCAGCACACUGCAACAACUGAAAAGCAUCAAGUUGCAAUAGAUGAAGAUGGUCCACAGAAUGCAAAACGAGCCAAGUCUUCGCCUGGAAACGUGGAUGUGAAUGCUCAUCUUCAUGCUAACCCUCCAUCUGAUGAUUCAAAGUUGGAUAGCUCAACGUCUGCUGCGCCUGCUCCUGAGCAAACAACUGAGAACCAGUUGAGGCGGACGACAACUUAUGUUCACCCAAGGAAAUCAAAUCGGGCAAUACCUAAAAAUGCCACUGUGUUGCCAUGUAGCAAUGAGAAGUGGGUGGCUUACAGAGUCGAAGUAGACCAAAAACCAACUAGCUAAGUAAUGUUAACUUGGUUUAGGUGAUGCAAGAUUUGGGUUCUGAGUAGCAGACCAUUUAGUUGUAUGGAAUGUUCACUGUUUGGCUAAACCUAAAUGAGUCGUUGAACUAACAAAUUACUACUACUUGGUGAAGAA